UCCGAAAAUGACGUAAUAAAAUAGUAAUGCGGCAGAUUGAUAAUUUUUCAUGCCAGUUGAUUAAAAACGUAACUGGAACAUGUUGGUUUGUUAGAUAAGUGAUUGAAUUGAAGGGUACAAGGGCUAAAAAUCGCGGUCAUAGAAAGGAAACUAAAAGAGGUGUAUUAGAUAGAAAUGUGUCAGUUGUUUAGUGUUUUAUGAGAGUUGGUUGAUAAACAGAAUAAUUACUGGCGAUGUAUGCGAUGUUAAUUCGUAAUUAAAGCAUUUGGUGCGAGCGAAAAUCGUGCGUCGGUGUGGUUUGUCCGAUAAGUAUGAUAAAUCAAAUCUUGUGAUUGAAAACAUCGCGAUAACUAGUGUAUGUUGAAUGCUCUCAGAAUCGCGCAAGGUAAUAUUAAUGAGAGCAUUGUGUAACAUAAAAUAAAUAAUCCAAUUGUGUCCUUCAUUCCAUGUGUGCAUAAUCGGAAUUCAGUUAUCUCCGCAAAAACUGAAUGGCCACCAGUCUGUGUUCGGAUUGCCUCAAAUUUUUUUCUUUUCAAUUGAAUUCCAGUCGUGUUAAUGAUAAGUUUUUAUCGGGUAAAUCAUCAGCUGUUCGCAUACCGUUUUAGACUUUCAGGCACGUGUUCGUGCUAAGCGAUCAGUGUUGUUUCGUGUUUUCUCUUAAACAUAUAACAAAAAAUGUCCAGCGACAAUAAGCAAGUGAACAUUGAUGUGCAAGAACCUUUGCUUGAACACUCCGGGAAAAAACCGGCAACGCAAAUAGAAAAUUUGCCGAAAAAUGACGCCGAAACCAACAAUAAACACAAGUCGAGCGAUAUGGAAAGAAAACGCACAAAAAGUGUGGCGAUAAUUGCUGAAAAGGAUGAGAAAAAAAUGGACAAGUGGAAGCUGGUACCACCCGACGGUGGAUGGGGUUGGCUAGUACUUUUCGGCUCAACUCUAGUCAACGUCUUGGUGCCAGGUACAGUAAAGUCUUUCGGCGUCUUAAAAGUCGAAUUCGAGGACGCCCUCAAUGCUACGCCCGACGAUGCAGCCUGGGUGGCAGCCAUCUGCUACUUCCUCUACAGCUCUCUAGGCCCCUUGUCCAGCAUCCUCUCAGUCAAGUACUCCUACCGAACGGUCACCCUAAUCGGAGGCACCUUCGCAGCCGCCGGCAUGAUCCUCAGCUUCUUUGCGAACUCGGUGGCCUAUCUCUGCAUCAGUUACGGCGUCUUGGUUGGGACGGGUGCCGGUCUUUCGUUCCCCCCGACAGUCUAUAUCGUGACUAGUUAUUUUGUGAGACUUCGGGGCCUAGCGAACGGCCUGUGCAUAUCAGGGUCGGCUCUCGGUUCGAUUAUUCUCCCCCCAGUGCUUGACCUCCUGUUGGGGAUCUACGGGUACAGGGGCGCCGUUUUGCUCAUGGGGGGAGUGACGUUGAACGUGUGGGUGGCCGCACUGUUCUACGACCCCGUGGAAAAGCACAUGAAGAAGGUCCCCAUCGAGCCGAAAGACUCCGAGUCGGAGGAAGCAAGUCCUUUGAAGCCAAAAUUCGUGAUCAGCACCGAAGACAGCAUGGCGUCUUUGCAGCACAUCCCACACAACGACUCGUUUUUGGAAAACUUGGACAUCUCAUCGAACAACUUCAACAGGAGUGUUUCAAGCGCCGCCAUGCAGAAUUUCAAGGCGCCGACCAGCCGCGAGCGGAAAAUCAGUAUGCCCACUGGUCGCAACGAGCUAAUGAAAGCGGGCACGGGUUCUCGUACCAACAUGAAUAGUUCUUCGGCCUUGCACGCGGUGCCGGAAAGCGGCAAUGGGGCCAUGCAGUCGCAAGGCCGCUUGACGAGCUCGAGGCGAAUCCGGGUUCCGAAGCGGAGCCCCUCGACUAGUUCCUUCCAGUACGUUAGUACUCCCUACCAUGGGAGUACCCUGACGCUCCAACCGGAGACAUUCGCCAGUUCGUUCAGUCUCAAAUCGGUUAAGAAAACCGACGGGAAGGAACCCCCAGUUAAGAAGAACAAAUUUUUCGAUAUUUCGCUCCUGAAAGACCCGCUCUAUUUGGUCAUCCUGAUAUCAAACGCCACAAAUGCCGUCAGCUACACCAACUUCAUUAUCCUCCUCCCGUCGUUCGCCAAAGAGUUGGGGUACAACAUGACAAUGGGGGCGCUGCUCCUUUCAAUUGUCUCGGCUCUGGACCUUGUGGGUAGGAUCGGAGGGUCGGCUUUAUCCGACUUGCAUUUGUGUCCAAAAGCCGCGUAUUUCAUCGGUGGGCUUUUGGUGUCCGGCAUUUCGCUCGGCAUCAUGCCAUUUUUCACCGGCUAUGGCAUGAUCAGUUUCUUUUGUGCCGUCUUUGGCCUGGCGUCUGGUAUUUACGUGGGGGUCACCGCAGUGAUAAUGGCCGAUAUGUUAGGCGAGGAACGGUUGCAAUCAACUUACGGCAUAUCUCUGUUUGUUAAUGGCAUUUUACAAUUAGUGGGCCCUCCCCUUUGUGGCAUCUGGUUCGAGCAAACCAAGUCCUUCGUAUCAUUGUUUUGUAUCUUAGGUGUCAUUCUUGUCGUUGGUGCCUCGAUUUGGGUCUUCGUCCCCUUUAUACGAAAGCCUCGGUCCGAGGACAGUGAUGAUGAUGAUGAAGAUUCAUCAUAGUUUCAAUUAAUUGAUUUCUUUAUGUUUGUGUGUUUUUUUAGUGCGUUAUUGUCGUUCCCUCUUUUUGCUAGGAAUGAUAGUUAGCAAGUAUUUAGUUUAUUUUUAUUAGGUACAAUACGUUAUUACAUCGGUCAGGACACAUUCCAGCUCAAUCUUUUACUGACUCUUGAUCUGUGUAGAGGUCUUCCUGACGAUAUUUUUGAAAACAAAGAAAAUUUCAAACUGAACAACUAUCCAUAUCAAAGAAGGUGCUGUCAAGUCGAGUAUUUGUAUUUUUAUAUUGUUAUUUAUACGAAGUGUAGGAUUUCAACUUACUUACAUUGUGAUAUAAACUUAUUAAACGUCCUCUGUAGGUUACCGAAAAUAAAAUUACAAACUAA